CUUUAUUUUUCCAAGGUUCUGGCAAAUGAUUUCUAUCUUCCCGGAGCCUCAUUCUUGACCGGUAUUUAGGAAGGUCACGACCUCAGGGUAGGUUCGUCGCGAUACAAGUAUUCACGCAUGCGCGACCCGCGGGCGAAAGUAUUUAAAGAGGUGGACGCGCCUUCGGGAAGGCCACUCUUCCCUGAACUGUCACGAACCGCGCAAGUCCCCCACUUUCCUUCCCUUCCAGCGAAUGAGCACGCGUUCCCAACAAGAGCGCGAAAAUCGGCUCUUUUAGUCUGUUCUCUCCUUCUUUUUGCAGCCGUCCCUUUAACACUACCACAGGUCCCCCUCCUCUUUUAGAACUGUUUGUCCUCCACGCAUUCCCUCUCCAAGAAUCGUCGCAGUGUGCCAUCGGUUCGUUUAAUAGACCCGCUGGUCUGUCUCAGCGGGUUCAAUUUGGCAUCGGCAAACGUGACAGGAAGGAAGAGAUCACCGCCACCGGCCAAAUAAAUUUUCCCUCGAGGCGAACACCAACCAAGUUUCGAGUCAUGAGCAUACCUUCUUCAGAAUCAAAUUGAUUGUGAAUACAUCUGAUUCUUCAGAGUUUCAUUUCGUUUCAUCAAUCGUCGAGGGUCGUCUUCGUUUCAUCAAGUGUCGCCAAGUAUAAGAGUACACUUACUCAGUUUGUUGAAUUUUCAUCUCUAACAUGAAACACGUCCGCGUGAUAUUGGUUUGAGUGUUGGUGAGAUUGAUUGUCGAAGUACAGGCUGAAGAUAUUCCCUGAAAGACAGGUGGUAAUUCAGUUUCUCUGAUGGAUUAACUCGACGAACAUACGUAUACAUAUAUAAUCGACUGGACUGACUGGAUAUCCAGGGAUAUUAUUCGAAUUCGAAAAGAUAGCAAGCACAGCAAACAUGGAAGAGGCGGAUGUUCAGCAAGAGUCGAGGGACCAAGUGGGCAACUUGAUCUUUUCUCCACCACCGAUGAAAAAAUCCGACACGAGGGAGAGUAUCUCCUCCGUAGAUAGCGACGUGAGCCUGUCGUUCGAUCGGAGAGGCUCCAAAGGAGAAGAGGCUGACCUGUCGGACAGUGGAAGUUCCGACAACGAGAGAAAAACGAACGACGUAACGGAGCAGUCUGCGAAGAACUGCGAUCCAGACUCGGGCGCGGAUUCAUUGGAAGAAAACGUCGUAAGGGAUCCGAAGGAUCAGAAGCAAGAACCAUCGAUCGAAGUAAGUACAGCCAUCCAAGAUGAUUUUGUUCCGCCAAGCGACGAGUUGGCCGAGAAAAUAUGCGCCCAAGUGGAAUUUUACUUCUCCGACGUAAACAUCGUGAAAGAUGCUUUCCUGCUGAAACACGUAAAAAGAAACAAGGAAGGGUACGUGUCGUUGAAGCUCAUUUCGAGUUUCAAAAGAGUGAAACACUUGAGUAGAGACUGGAGGGUUGUCGGAGCCGCUUUGGCAAAAUCGAAGAAACUCCAAGUAAAUCCACAGGGCACGAAAUUACGCAGAGUGGAUCCUUUGCCGCCUUUUGAUCAAACCACCCCAUCAAGGACGAUACUAGCCGCGAGACUUCCGGUAGAGAAAUUAUCGGUCGAAUCAGUAGCUGAGAUCUUCAGACCAUGUGGAGAGAUCGCUCUCAUUAGAAUACUUCGACCUGGACAUCCAGCACCGGCUGAGGUGCGACAAGCAAUCGCCAAAAGGCCAGAGUUGGCAUCGAGCGAGGAGUGCGCCAUGGUCGAGUUCACGGAUUCAGCGUCCGCUCGGGCCGCCUUACAAAUAACCUUGGGCGAUGCCAAGGUGUUUGAGCUGCAACAAUCCAGCGACAAGAAGAGGAAACAACAACCAGCAAAGAAAAGUGCCCUGACAAGAUUAACCAAAGAGGAAGCUUACAAUUCCUCGAGUUGCGCCAGCGGAUCCGAGACAGAGGAUGGAAGAGCCAGACACAAAAAACCUAUUUGUGCUUAUCCAAUGUAUCACGCCUAUCCGGGCCACUCGUACCAAGAUUCACUGUGUGACAUCAUUGUUGCAGGACCUCCGUCGCCAGAUGCAUGGCUGUCUCGUCGGUUGUCCUCUUGUUCCGUCUCAGGCUCAGAGAACGGUUUUAUUCUACGUCGCUUGUCUUCCUGUUCCGGUUCAGGCUCCAAUUCCGAGGCUGGAAGCUUCGGCAGACGUUACUCUGCUUGUUCUUCUGGGUCCGAGACCGGUUACUGUCAUCCGGUUUUCCCGCCGAGUUACUAUUAUCAAGAGAAUCGACGUUUUUCUUGCUGUUCAAGUUCCGGCUCCGAGUGCAACGGUGUUUGUUAUCAUUCUAGUCGCCGCGGUUCUGCGGAUUACGGGCCGUUCUUGAGAAGGUUGUCCGCCUGCAGCCGAGACUCUGCCUUUGAUGCAGGUUCCAGAAGGUUGUCUCUCUGUUCUUCCGGUUCUGAGCAAGGUAGCUACUGUCGAUCCAGAAGCAACAGUGGUGUCGCGUUGACCCAUCUGCCGGAGAAUGUGACGAGAAUGCCGUCUGGACCGGAUGGAACGCGUGGAUUUGGUAGACCACCCAAAAUGAACAUCAUGUCACCAUCUAUGGAACCCACUUGUUAG